GAAAAAGUUUGAGAACCACUGCAGAAUGCAAAUGCAGAAGUGAAAAAGGUCCAACAGUUGACUGGCAUGCUGACACGUUCUGUAUUUUGGGUGUGACAUUUUCCCACUUCUUCGUUCUGUUUCUUUUUCUUCAAAACUGCAAUGCAAUAACAUGCGGAUGUGGAGCCUUGAGAACCUGCCUUUCACUCUGUACAUUGCUCUGAUCUGUGUGAGGAGCGCAGCAGCGUUGAUCCAUGUGUUUGGAUAUGAAGGAAGACAGGCUGUAGUAUAUUGUCCCCAUAUACAGGGUUAUGAGGAUUAUGAGAAGUACCUGUGCAAGAACGAGUGUGGCAACGACGAUGAUGUUCUUAUUAAGACGACAGAAACAAAUAAACACAAAUACUCCACCAAGGAUGACGGAAAGGGACUCUUCACAGCGACCAUCUCUGAUCUGAGUUUGACGGAUGCUGGAAAAUACUGGUGUGGGGUGACCAGGACUGGAAAGGAUAUCUACUCUGAAGUGCAGCUGGACGUAGUUGAAGACAGAUGUUGUGACACAACCAGCACAGUUCAGGGUAACGAGGAGAGUUCAGCAUCAUUCAGCUGUACGUAUGAGCCGGAGAACAAGGACAGUGAGAAGUACUUCUGCAGAGGAAACCAGCCAUCUAGGUGUCUGCAGAACGCUUUAAUCACGUCUCCCAACCAACAAAAUGGACGGUUCAGUCUUACAGAUGACAAGGCGUCAAGAAGGUUCACACUGACAAUCACCAGUUUGACCAAACAGGAUGCUGGCUCGUACGUUUGUGGUGUCCAUAGAAACACCGGUCUGGAUUUGUUUGAGGCUUUUGAGCUAGCAGUCCAAGGGUGGUGCUGUGUGAAGACAAACAAGCUGAAAGGCAUUGUGGGACAUCCAGUAACCAUGCACUGCCCCUACCCACCACAACACAGGGAUAACAGGAAGUUUCUCUGUAAGGGAUACAACCGCAAAAACUGUACAGACAUGGUGAAGACUCAAAGCAGGUUCACGCUGCAAGAUGAUGUUUCCUCCAGCUCUUUCUCUGUGAUGAUCACAGAGCUGAAAGCAGAGGAUUCUGGGACAUACUGGUGUGGAUCAGACUCACAGUGGAAUGUUGGAAACCACGUCAAGAUUCAACUAUCAGCAGUGUUUGAGCAUCAGACUACCAGCACUGUGGUCUCCACCAGCACUGUUGGAUCACAACUGACAAAUACCACUGGUAAACCUAUCAACAGAAUGUCAGUUCUCUUUCACCCAGUGGUCUACAUCAUCCCUGCUCUGCUGCUCACACUGACAUUCGCCCUGGUUAUAGUUUGUAAAUGCAGAAUGGACAAACGGAGAGGAACAAGAGCCAAUGUUAACAGAGACAAAACCAAUGAAGCAGCAAUAGAGGAAGUGCUGGGUGAAGCAGAUAUUUAUGCAAACCAAGAGUUGGUGCUCUCAGAAAAGUUGCCCACCAAACAGCGGCGUGCCUGUCAACGCAAUGAGUAUGCCGGUGAAGAGCAACAAGACUCUGUGUACCGCAACAUCUCCGCAUCAGAGGAUAUCUACGUCAAUGACAUUUACAUAAACAGUUAGCAAUAUGAACAGCAUGCACCGAUCAUCCUCUCAUUUCUAGGUCACAUUUGUAACCAAUGAUGUGCUGAUGAUGUGUUCAGGAGCAACAAAGAUAUGUAUUUUAUCAACAAUUACCAUCAGUUAUAUGUGUAUUCAUUGCUUUAUUAAUUGCUUUAGGCAUGUUGUUAAUAUACCAACUGUUUAACACACCUGCACUUCCAACAAGAAACUGUAAAUAACCAUUUAAACUUAUUAUUAUCUAUGUAAGUUACCUUCAUGGAUAUAUGAAAGGCGCUAUAUAAAUGUAAGUAAUUAUUAUUAUUAAGUGUGAUAAAAUGAAAACAAUGGAUAAAUAAACAAAACCAAGAAAAUCCAGU